CAGCCCCAAUCAUACCAGAAAGCUCAGCGACGACGGUCGGUCAGUCGGUGUUGCUCAGUCAACCUUCGGACGUCGUCGCGUUUGCAGCCAGCUCGGUUUCUUUCGUUGCUAAACACAGCCAGCGCGCUCAACAGCAGCAGCAGCAUUAGCAGCUGAGGCAAAAUCGCAAUAACACUAUUACUGGCUGAUAGUUUCACUUUAGGCCAAGGUCUUCGGCUAGUCGAUUGGACCCGCGGUGGUAAACGCCUUUUGUUGCUUGUCAGCUUGGUCGCUAAGAAAAUCUCGGUUGUUUUGGUUUUGCUGUAAUUCUGAGAAAGCUCCCCAGCAAUCAGAAGAAAUUUGUGUCUCGCGAUUCGUUCCGUUUGGCGGUGUUUUCGAGUGUCCUGAUAAGCGAAGAUUCCGGCGGGAAGUCGUAAUACACAGUUUUUGUCUGUAGAGCAGCAUCCAUCGCUCGGAAGAUUUAGUCACUAUUAUCAGCUGCUUAGAGGCACGGGUUCAGCGUCUUAUUGUGCAUUUCUUUUUGUGAACGAGUGAGCGAGAGCAAACGAAAACAGCAUCCAGCAAGAUGAGCAGCGGCGGUGUCGACGAAAUUCUCAGCUUUAAGCGCAAUCCCGAGGAGGAUUUCUACGCGAUGUUGAACUGCGAUGAAAACUCAACGGUCGAGCAGAUUCAAGCUGAAUAUAAGGUGCUUGCAUUGCAACAUCACCCAGACAAGAACGCUGGCGAUAAAGACGCCGAGGCCAUGUUUCAGAAGCUGAAGGACGCCAAGGAGAUUUUGUGCGACCCGGAGAGGCGUGCCAAUUACGACAAGUGGCGCAGCAGUGGCAUCCAGAUAAGCUACAAAAAUUGGGUCGGCAUGAAGGAGCACGUUCAGCAGAGCAUGCACUGGGCCACACCCAAGACAAAGGACCGUAUGCUGCCGGAAACGGCCGGAGGCGCCGGUAGCGGUUUGAGUGCCGGCCAGCCGAACCCGGCCCACCGUCGGGCGUCGGAGGGCGGAGCGGCUUUGUACUACGGUGGCCGAAAAGGGGAGUGGGGCCAGGAGAAUCCCAGCGAGGUGGUUAACAAGUUCCGCAAUUAUGAAAUCUAAGUUGGGAUGGCGAUAGGUUUGUUUGUUUUUAGUCUAACAGUUGAAUUCAAGGCGUGUGCUGUGGGUUAUUAGUGUUUUAAAGUAGGUACUACCACUUACCAAUAAGAUCGUUUGUGCUCCUUUUUACCGCGGGUGUAGUAGCAAAUACUCUAAGAACACUAAUAUUCAAUAGCAUUCCUCAUGUUUCAAUAUAAUUGAUUGCACACGUAAGUUUUUUCUCCGCAUAAUAGACAUUUUAAAUAGAAACUACUCAGUUGAUUGAUUUGGAUGCAAACCUUUUACAAAUUUAUUCACUUAGAAACUCAUUGGCGAAACAAAGGGGAAGCUGAAUCCAAUCACUAUUUGAAGUAAACGUAAUAAUUCAGAUGUAUGAAAUGUCCAGAUCCCCAAAAUAAUUGUUGUUAAGUGAACUAUUGUGUAAUGUUAUUUAUGGUAUUUAAUCAAAAACUGAAAAAAGAAGUAUUCAAUAUGUGGUGUUAACAUUGAAGAAAACUGUGUUGAUUAUUAUAUGUGUGAGAAAUCAGCAAAUGUGCUACUUAAUGUGUCGAUAGGUAUAUAAUUAACAAGAAACACAAACACAUCACAGAGUAAUGUAAUUCAUGUAGUCAAUUUAAGUUGACAAAAUAAAAAAAAUGAUUCGCGUAGAUGAAAAAAGUAAGAACAAAUAAGAGUAAUAAUUUCCAUAUACAAGAAUGAUAAAUUAGCAAAUGAUCGCGUAUCUUCCUUCUCAAUGCGGCGAAAAUGCGAACUAAUCAAGGUAAUAAGAACAUAGAGUUCGAGCCAAUGAAAUCAUAUACAAUCUAUAGGAAUCAAGUCGGUAUACAUGUGUAGUGUUUACAAAUUUUUGUACUCUGGUGAAUAAAAUGUAACAAAUUGGAAAUCAAACUAGAUAUUCUAUAGUGUUGAAGACUAAUGUUCCCCACAUCCGUUUUAGAGGACCUGUGUUUUGAUAAGAUAAUCUAGUUCCCAUCACUCAAGCGUACAAGCUAAAGAGCUGUCAAAUUUGUAGAAUGCUUUAUUCUGAUCAAACUUUCUGCAUAGUCCUACAAAGCAUGACGAAGACCACGAGGAAAAGUUCUCCAACAUUUAAAAUACCUUCCCGAUUUCCUAAUUUUGUUUCUGCCUUAGGGAUGAGUGCAAUAAAAUCUCAAUGAUGAAUUUAUUCAUAUACACAAAUCUGGAUCUAUAUUUAAUAUUCGUCCUUCUCAAGAGCAAUCCUCACGAAGUACUAUUCUACAUUCAGGAAGACUUCAUAUUGUAUUGAGCAAAACAGCAAAGUUUUUCUGCAUGCAUCGGAAAUCAAACAACAAAGAGAAAAAAGUUUGGAAGGAAGCCUUCUCCCACCACCGUUAUACAGUUUCUAUAGACAGACAGUAGUUUUAAAGUUUCGAUGGCAAAGCCAUUCUCACAACUUUUCCAAUACCUACCAGGUUUGCAAAAACACAUCAUCCGGUCGAACGGGCAGCUCGAUCUGUGGAGUUUAUAAAUCCAGAGUGAGUUGGAAAAUCGAUUUAUCUUUUAUUGGUAUAUCGGAUGAUGCUGUUACCUCUUGCAGUUAACAUCAGCUCCACGACGCAAACCAUGGAAAACUUUUACCUUGAAAUUCCCCAGAAGUAGCUUUAUCAUACACUAUACAUAUAAUGAAUAAGAGAAAACUAUGUCAGCAAAAGACUUUUAACUCUCCAGUUAUAACAUGCCCACCCAAUUAAAAAAUGGUAAUAAAAGCGACAAAAAAAAAAUCAAUGUGCACCUCCUCAUCAUGUCACAAAAUAUUGAAAACCGAUUAAAAAAAAACUUAAUGGUGAAAAUGUCUAUCAAUAACAAUAUAAAGCUCAAAACGCACUAAAUAGUGCAAAACACAUAAAAAAGUAUAGGAUUAGAGUCACAAACUGAUCAUCCAAAUCUUUUUAGGAUUCAAUGUGAUACAUGAAUUUGAAGAGAAAAAAAUGCUAUACAUACAAUGUACAAUGAAAACUUAAGAUAAAGAGAAGCAUACAAACACAAAAUCAAAUCAGAACACAUUGACAUGACACUUUGAACAAAAGACAUCACUUAAAUAAAGACAAAACUAUA